AGCAGUAGCAAUGUGAUUGACAGGUCGGCCCACCAAUUCACGCUCUGCUACACAUCUUUGGUGGGCGGGACCCAGUUACGAUGUUUGUGCUAUUCGCUAAGGCACGUACGCAGAGACGUGACGUUUCACGCUGUGGUUGGCAGAUGCGCAUGCGUCAGCAGCGUGUUCGCUGUGCGUAUCUGUCAGAGGACUUUAAAUGGCCUCGGCGUCCGGCAACCGCGCAGCUCCGUAAUAACGCCGUUAUUCUGCAAACAGCCCCGCGAACAGUGUCUGGCCCGCGGCGGGAGGCCCCUCUGCCCUUCGGGGACGCGCUUUAUCCGGUCACCGCGGUGAAAAUGAGCGAAGAGGACGAGUCUCUGCAGAGAGCCCGCAGCGGGCUGGAAGACCUGUGCAGAGCACUGAACAUGGACGAGGAGGCGAGCGGCGAGGCUUGGAAGACCUACGAGAACAUCAGCAGGAACUUCACCCUGGAGGGCAGCGAGCUGCACUGGUUGGCGUGCGCCCUCUACGUGGCCUGCAGGUCGUCGGUGCCGACGGUGGGAAAAGGCACCGCUGAGGGGAACUACGUCUCUCUGACCAGAAUCCUGCGCUGCGCCGAGAUGAGCCUCAUCGAGUUCUUCAACAAGAUGAAGAAGUGGCAGGACAUGGCUGAGCUGCCGCAGGACUUCCGCCAGAGCACCGAGAAGCUGGAGCGCAACUUCAUCGUGACCGCCGUCAUCUUCAAGAAGUACGUCCCCAUCUUCAAGUCCAUCUUCAAGGCGCCGUCAGAGGAGCCGCCGCGAGUGCACCGCAGCCGCAAACAGAGACGCCACCCGUGCACCGUGACCGAGGUCUUCAACUUCUGCUGGGUGCUCUUUGUCCACGCCAAAGGGAACUUCCCCAUGAUCAGCGACGACCUGGUGAACUCGUACCACCUGCUGCUGUGCGCCCUCGACCUCGUCUUCACCAACGCGCUGCUGUGCAACGCCAGGAAGGACCUGCUCAACCCGGGCUUCAAAGGUCUUCCAGAGGACUUCAGCAGUAAGGACUUCCGGCCAGCGCCGGGCCCGUACUGCUCCAUCGAGCAGCUGUGCCAGCUGCACGACGGCCUGGUGCUGGAGGCCAAAGGAGUCAAAGAGCACUUCUGGAAACCCUUCAUCAAGAAGCUCUUCCACAAGAGGAUUCUCCGAGGAAAAGAGGACAGUCUGACCGGCUUCCUGGAUCCCAUGAACUUUGGAGACAGUUUUUUGGCGCUCAGCCGCCUCUACGAGGAGCACGUUCUGGCCACCGGCAGUCUGGAUGAGAGGAUCUUCACCGGGGAGGGGGCGAGCGAGGACAUCGGUACCCCGGGGCCCUGCCUGUGCGAGGGGCCAGAGAACCAGGACAGCGCUGCCUUCAGGCUUCACGCCAACCUCACCGCCUCGGCUCUGAAGGUUUCCACCCCUCUGACAGGGAGGAAGUACGUGCAGGAGGGCGGGCUGGCGUCUCCGCUCUCCUCCGCCAUGAAGAGCGUGGGGCGUCUCCACACCCUGCUGUCGGGCACCAAACAGGGGCCGAGCACGAAGCUGGCCGAGACGCUCAGGAGCUGUGCCAGAGACCCGAGUGAAGCCAUCAGCCGGCGCCUGAAGGACAUGUUUGACAUCUUCUCUCAGCACUAUGAGGAUAGCGGCAAGCCGAUGGGGAAAGACAUGGCAGUGAAGUACUUCCACCUGGCGGAGGCGCUCUACUACAGGAUCCUGGAGUCCGUCAUCGAGAGAGAGAAGAUGAUCCUGGGAGACGCCGACUUAUCUUGUAUUCUGGAGCAGGAUGUCUUCCACCGCUCUCUGCUGGGCUGCUGUCUGGAGAUCGUCAUCUUCUCCUACAGACCUCCUGGAGAUUUCCCCAACGUGAUCAGGAUCUUCCAGCUGCCCGCUUAUCACUUCUACAAGGUGAUCGAGGUGCUGGUGCGGUCGGAGCAGGGUCUGUUUCGGGAGGUGGUGAAGCACCUGAACCAGGUGGAGGAGCAGGUUCUGGAGAGUCUGGCCUGGACAGGCGACUCCCCCCUGUGGGAGAGCCUCCGCGGGGCCAAAGACCAGGUCCCCACCUGCCAGGAGGUGAUGCCUCCUCAGUAUCUGGAGCAGCACGAUGAAAGCGGCUCCGGCGGCGUUCCCGUCACUCCCGUCAGCCGCGGAGCUGAACUCAGCAGCAGCAGCACCCUCAAAGGCGUGUCCCCCUCCCCCACCACCCUGUUGGACCGUUACAGCUCCCCUCCGACCGGCACAGCUCGCCGCCGCCUGUUUGUCGACCCCGCGGACGGCGAGCCCGGUCUCGCUUCCAGCGGUUCCACCAGCUCCACCGGCACAGCAGCAGCAACCACCGUCACCAAACCCGCGAGCCUCGUCACGGCCAUCCCAGCGGGGCAGACUGUGGUCACCAUGGCAACCGCCACCGUUACCGCCAACAACGGGCAGACGGUGACCAUCCCAGUGCAGGGGAUAGCCAAUGAGAGCGGAGGGAUCACCUUCAUUCCGGUGCAGGUGAGCGUGACCGGACAGGCCGGGGCCGGCCUGCAGCCGCUCUCAGCGCAGGCUCUCACCGGUAGCAUCGCUGUCCAAUCACCUGCUGCCAAACCGGCCACCAAACCGGCCAGCGGCCCGCUGAGGAAGGGCUCUCUGCCGCUGUUCUUCAGGAAGGUGUACCACCUGGCCAGUGUCCGCCUCCGAGAUCUUUGUGCCAAGCUGGACAUCUCGUCUGAGCUCAGGAGGAAGAUCUGGACGUGCUUCGAAUAUUCUGUGGUGCACUGCACUGAAAUGAUGAUGGACCGACACCUUGACCAGCUCCUCAUGUGCGCCGUUUAUGUCAUGGCGAAGGUGACCAAAGAAGACAGGUCCUUCCAGAACAUCAUGAAGUGUUACCGCUCUCAGCCUCAGGCCAGCAGCAACGUCUACAGGAGCGUGCUGAUCUCAGGGAGGAGGCGGCGUCACUCCGGCACCAACAAACCGAACCCGUCCGCUGAUGGAAGCCAGGAAACAGGUGGUGACAUCAGCCCGGUCCCUAUUCGUUCCAGCAGCACCUUACCGGCCCCCCAGCCUGGCAGUGCCCCCUCCACGCCCACCAACACCUCCAACAUAACUUCCUUCACCUCCAGUGCCGGGGAGGAGGAGGAGCGAGGCGACCUGAUCCACUUCUACAACAACGUAUACAUCAAGCAGAUGACACGCUUCGCUCUGAGAUACUCGCCGAACUCGCCGACUGCCGGGGUGGAGACCCCGUCUCUGUGUCCGUACCCCUCCCUGAGGACCGGAUCUCCCCGUCGGAUGCUUCUGUCCAGCAAGCACUCCAUCUACAUCUCACCUCACAAGACAGGCUCCGCCCCCUCACCGACAACCCCCAGGGAAAAGAUUUACUACUACGUCUGCAGCAGCCCCCCCAACCGACUCCAGGAGAUCAACAGCAUGAUCCGCACUGGAGAGACUCCAACCAGGAAGCGCAGCAUGCCCCUGGAGGAGGAGACGUCGUCCAAACGCGUCUGUCCCGACAGCCAUUCGGCUCUGCUGCGCCGCCUGCAGGACGUCGCCAACGACCGCAGCUCCUCCCACUGACACACUCACACACACACACGCACACACGGAGUCUUUUAUUGUGAAGGAGCAGCUCUUUUCUUUCCUGCUUCCUGUCUUUAAUCUGAUUUUAUUUUCUGAUGAUUUUAUCAAACGUCAUAUUUACCCGUCAGUGUUGCUCCUUUAAGCUUUUGUGUCUGUUAUCAUGUUUCCGUCUCCUUCACUGUCCGAUCAAAGUCUGUAAAUAUGUGUACAGAAGAGCAAAGAAAAGCUAUUUAAUGGAGGGGGGAAGUGUAAGUUAAGUGCCUUUAUUUUGUACUCCUUUCUCUGUUUACAUCCUGCAGACGUUUCCUUUAUUACAGGCUGUGGAUGUACAAAUAAAAAGUAAAAAACUGAA